AUGCUCUCUUGGCGGCUUGAGACCCCUCAACGUCCAGCCAGCACCCAGCCGUCCUCGGCAUCGUUAUGCCAGAAAGGCAACGACACCGGGGCGGCCCAAUACUUUGCACAGCAAUUUGAUCGCUACCAGUACAUCAUGCCCUCCCCACUGCCGGAUGGCAUCACGCGGGCGCGCGGCCACGUCCCUACGCCCAGCAACACGCCGCCAGCGCCUCGCAUGGUCAGCCAGGUACCGCUGCCCCCGUACGCGCAGCCCGUGCAGGCACAGGCACAGUCGCAGGCCGGCGGCGGCAAGUUGAUGGCGCACAACUCGUCCAUCAUGGACGCCCAGCGCGCCUGGGAGCAGAACAAUCAGCGGCCCCCCGCCGCCAGCCAGCCGCAGCUGCAGGCGCGUGCGCAGGCGCCGCCGCCGCGCCGUGCGAGUACCAAGGCGGCGUCGCUCAACUCGACCAUCAUGGCGGUGCAGCGGGAAUGGGAGCAGAAGAAUGGGCCUAAGGGGGGGUUGAGUAGCAGCAGCUCUCACUCCGAGCCUGGUGAUUCGUCAACAUCGGACGACGACGACGACGACGACGACGACGACGACGACGACGUUGAAGGAGCAGCUUUGACAGGCUCAUUACCGCGACCUGUGCUGGGCGAGAAGCGUCGUACUAGCAGCUCCGCGCUCGAGACUUCCUCCCGGCCUCUAAAGCGAGCUGUCCCUCCGUCGAUACAGGCAUCGUCAGCGUCGCAUUCCCCUCUAGCAGCCAAGCAACCCAUAGCUCCAAGUCACGCGCAACAGCGUGGCCAAGAUGGCUUGAUGAACCAGACAAUCGCUGGGGGCGACUGGCUCCAGUAUAACUCGACCGAUUCCAUUUUCACUCGUGCUGAUGGAAUGUCGUAUGAGUAUUACUACCCAUCCAAGGAUGACAUCGCCAGUAUGAGCGGCGCGCUCAUUCCAACCAACUAUCGGUUGGAUAUGUCCUCCCCUACUCCUUUUGUCUGUCCAGACAGGGCGUGCCCCAGGGCUUUUGACAGUGCCAGAGCACUGGGAGGACAUUUCUCAUCGGGACACAAGGGCGUCGCAUACAAUGACAAUUGCGACGGCACAUUUACAAAGGUCGGCUUCUAUUCGAAAAUCCCGAGAGAAAAGUGGCGGGCCAUUGUAGUGUCGCGAGUCAGCGUGACGGGAAGCGACGACGAGGAAAGCGACACAGUGCCGUUUGCAAAGGAGUAUCUGUCCAUGAUAAAUCCCGACCCAUUCACCUACGUCAGCAGGUUUCUUCCCGGCGGUUGUGUUAAGAGCACCAGAUUCCUUGCCACGGCGUACAUUCGCGAGAUCUGCCGGCUGCCACGGCGUCGCGACUUACCAACGUCCUGGAUCAACCACCACACGGGCAAGGACUUAAGCGUGCACAUGUUCGCCCUCGCAGUGGCAUACGUUACUGGGCCCGAAGUAUUCGGUAUGGAUGCCUGCGGCGGUGCGCUGCAGGAGCCUGGCAGUCGACUUUCGCUACGGUCGGUUGCCAUGCCUUUGGGGAUUUCCGCCGCGCACAAGGAUGUGUACUUUUCUGAAGACAGCUGCGUGGGCUGCCAUUACUUUGCACAGACUCGGAACUUACCCAACCGCUGCUCUUGGUUGACUCGGACGGAGCCUUUUCUGCACCGCUAUGAGAAGCGCGUUGAUGGAUUGCACGACUCGGACGACGAGGAUGACUCCCAUGCAUACUCGGGAACCCAAGACCGGGUCGCUCAUCAGCGGAGGGACGCUCGAAAUGUGGAUUCCGCCAUCAAGGCAGGAAAAGCAGCCCGUUUUCACAUGCCUCGGUCGGACUCUCCGUCCCUCCAGGAGUCGGUUGAAACCUCGAGUGCUGACUACAACGGAGAUUCGCGCAUUUCGAAGCCGCCAUCUCCAUCGACCACGUUCAUCUAUGGACAGACUCAAGCCGCAUAUGCCAACCCAGCAACGAAUAGCAGGCCCUCGGCGGCGCGGAAGACGGGGGAAAAUCGGCCCACCUCUUCUGGCAUUGUGUCUCGAUCUGUAAGAGCAAGGAGGAUAGUGGAUUCCAGUUCCCCCGAGCCGGCGACCAAGCGUAGCCCAGUCCAAGCCCCUCCGGCCCAACUUGAGAUGGAGAGCUGGGAAGUGGCACCUGGCCGAGUGGUCGACUCGACCUAUGGAGAGAAUAUUGCGUAUUCGAAUGCCUAUCUGAAUGGGCGAGAGCCGAUUGAGGUCUCGGAAGACGUGGCCUUUAAUGUCCUGACGAUUAAGCCAGGGGACAAGGCACGAUGGGAAGCGCAUGAGUCGCAGCUACGGACAUGCUCUGUGGCAUCGGGCAAGAUCGAGAUCAAGGUCGGAACUAAUAAGUUUGAUGCAGGACCGAACAGCGCUUUCAUCAUCCGGCCUGGCGACAUGUGCGUGAUAACGAAUAAGCUGUACACUGACGCUACGGUUCACUGCACGACGGUGAAAAACUACUCGCUCCUGUCUUGA